AUGACUGAUAUCUCUAAGGACGAGGUUCGUAGGGAAGCCACCGCGAUUUUAAAAGAUGCAGAUCUCAUUACAAUGUUAACGGAGAAAGUAAAAAAACGGAUAGAAAAAAAAUUAGAUGUCAAUCUCACAGCAAGGAGAGAGGAAGUAGAUGAUUUAGUCAUAGAGUGUUUACAAGAAAAGCAAGACGGCGAAAAGAAAAGGAACAAGGCCGCCAAUGAAGGAUCAGAUGACAGAAAGGAUGAAGAGGAAGAAGAUUCAGAGGAAAAAGAAAGGGAAGAGGAAAAGAAGCCCGCAAGGAGAAGUCCAACUAAGAAAACAUCCAGUAAGCGUAAGGAGGAUUCUUCUGCUAGUAAGGAAAGUGUUAGUGACAGUGAUAUUGACGAAGAUUAG